AGGCUGCUGCUUCCUGUCUGCUGUCAUUCUUGCUCACACACUCAGGGACAAACCCUCGUCAAUCUGUGUUUACUGCCCAACUAUUUGUGACUCUAACAAAACCGGCGCAGACAUGAGAGGACUGACAAUGCUUGUUCUUCUGAAUUGCUGGAUUAUAGCAGGUGCCACAGCAGAGGGCCCGCCAGUGUUGCACUACCAGCUGAAAAACAGCACAUUUUGUCUACAAGCUGGAAAAUCUCAUCACUCCAAAUCACUCGAUGAUAUCUUGUGGAGUUUUAAUAAGAAAGCUGUUGUCAGGAAUAAACAAGUCGGGCCCAGCUUCAAAGACAAAGUGACCUAUAAUUCAAGCAGCCUCUCAUUGUGUGUCAACAACCUCACAGAGACAGACAGCGGCUCCUAUGAUGUUUUAUUACUUGAUGAUUCUGGUAUGACAUCAACGGAGUUCCACAUACUAAAAGUUCAAGAAACUGUUCCCAGACCUGUCAUUAGGACGUCAAUAAUGCACACCAACCUGUCAGCCGGACUCUGUAACAUCACGGUGAACUGCUCGGUCCAGAAUGACUGGACGUGGACUCUCUGUGAUGAAGACAGUUGCUGGACAUCUCAGAGGUCACACACUCAGGUCAACAUCUCCAUUGACAUCAAAAACAGAAGCAUCGUCUGUACUGGCAACAACCACGUCAGCGCAAGCAAAGUGUCUGAAAGCAUAGACCCAAUGUGCUUUAAUGGAUCUGCUAAAGUAAAGGUGAUCUCAGCACCACUCUUUGUAAUCGGAGUAGUAGUAGCAACCUGCGUAACACUGUGGGCAGCUAUUGGUCUUGUGGCUAUAAAUCGCAGCCUUUCAAGAAGAAAAAAUUGCCACCUGGCAGAGGCACCUCCUGUUCAGUCUACACAGCCAGCAGGUACUUACCGUGAGCCCAGAUUCUCUACAGCCUCCAGUGAAGCUGAGGUUUCAUAUGAAAAUGUGGAGCCCAGCAGGCCGAGCGAGGAACUGGACUCCAAGCAAAGUCAAGGAGUCGAUACCGUCUACAGCUUUUUACAGAUGCCAAAUGCAACUGCCUCUGCCAGCAGAGGCAAACAUGCCAAUGCACACACGAACAUACGAGAGGCAUCGACUUCACCUUCAUCGUCCCAGCCUGUGGACGAGCAGCAUGCGAGAGCUGACACUGUGUACAGUGUGUUAGAAAAGACACAAAACGCCGUGGACAGGUAGAGCGAGAGAAAGGUGCAGGAAGCCUGUUGCAGAGCCAGAGCGACAAUAAGGACAUUUAUACAGUGUUUACUUUAAACCAGAGGACGCACGUGUUCUGCGGUUAUUUUGUUUGUUUUGUGUGGAUUUUUUUAAAUAAGAAAAAUAUAAUAAAAAUUGACAACUAUUAAAAAAAA